UUCAAGGUACACAAUCGAUCCUAAAAAUACAUAUGUGGCGUGCCUACACGAUUCGGAUUUGGCGCGACUUCCCAUCACUCUGUCACGUGACUGACUUUAGUUCGCUCCGAGUCUAAUUCUUCGCGGAAGGCGACGCCGACAACUCCAAUCUUUCCGGGAAGGGAGUUUGGACUCCUGACUUGAACCGCCUGACCGUGAUAGAACAAGCUCUCCCGAUGGUGUAGCGCGGACUGAUUCGGAUUCACGGUGCGACGCGUUUUAAAGUGACAUUUCGCGGCACGUCGCCGUGAGGGAUGCGCGUACGCGGAAUCAGCGAAUCGUUGCCGCUCUCUCUGGGAACGAGAGGACUUCCCCUGCCCCUCGUCCGCGUCAUCCGCCGUCGGUGACUCGCGUUUGGAAGGAGAGAACCUCGGUAUUGUCGACAUGGCCGUCGUCGAGGAGUUCGAUUAUCUGUGCCGCCUGUGCGCGACCAAGACUGGUAUCUUGAUGGGCCUGCCGAUAUUCGAGGCCGGCGAUCAGAUGCGCAACAUCGAUAAGAAGAUAGAGGCCUGUCUACCGGUUCAGGUAUCAUUGACAGAUCAACUGCCCAAAGUGGUCUGUGAAGAAUGCGCGUUUAAACUGGAUCAGUUGUUUGAUUUCCGUGAGAAAUGUCUACACACAGAAGGAAUGUUUAUGGAAAUGUUGAAGGAGAUUGGCAAAGAGGAGAUUGUGCAUCUAUCCGAGCACGAUUUGGCAAGCGUGAAUAACAUGGGCACAAUUCAGAGAAACCUGACUAGCAUACAGAUUAAUAAUGAAAAUGUACAAAGCCAUUCGGCCGUAACUCACGAAACUACAGAAUCUACCAUACACACGAUGCAGGUAAUGGACGAAAUGGACUUGGCUGGUGGCGAACAAGUAGUUACACAAGAAGAAAUGAGUCAACAAGAUACAGAUAUACAAGGCAUUGACUGUUUAGAUGGUGAUACCGUGAGAAUGGUUGAUGAACAUAUACGAGAGGUUUCAAACCAUCAAAUUGCAAUGCACUUGGAUAGUGAUAUUACUGUAGUGGGAAACCUGGGUGGCCACUUGAGUCAAUUAGGGAUAAAUUAUGUUACCUCUAUUAAUCCUGAAGAUCAGAGCCAAGAGCAAAUAGUACAUUACUGUGAAAAUGUAAAAUACGAGGCAGAUCCAAUAAAACAGGAAUACCACAGAUUGCAAGAUAGAUUAACCGCGGAAGAGCCACAGCACAUACUCAAAAAUAAUAUACCAGUAGAUAAUUUCGUCUCUUCUCAAGUUGAAACGGAAAGUGAAAUAGAAGAAUCUUGUAUAAACGAAAAUGGAACUCACGAACAUGUGGACUCCAUGAACCUACCAUCUACGAGUCAGAUAAACGGCGUACAUUGCGAAAUAAUGGUUAAAUACACGAAGAGAACGAAACACGCAUUAUUAGAAUCUACGCUUAGCAAUCCUACCAUAGAUGAGACCGGUUCUAACUGGUAUAUGUGCCCGUUUUGCAACGAAGCAGCUUUGGAGACGACCAAUCUAGCCGCACAUUUCGAGCAGCAUUUUUGCUGCUGUCCCUGCGGUCUAUAUUUUACUAGUGUCGAGGAAUUAAAUCUACAUAAGGAACAAUGCGAUGUAUAUAAAACUAACGAAGUAGUCAAUAAGGAAGAGAAGGAUGUACAGUUAAAUGCAGUGUCGUUGCAAGAGAGCAAUGACAAUCAAGAAGGGCAGAAGAAACAGUCGACGGUAAGACGGAAGUGGACCGCGAAGGUGUGUACAGAAUGCGGCAAACAGUAUAAGUCAAAUUACAAGCUACAAGAACAUAUGCGCAAGCAUACAGGCGAGAAACCGUUUCAAUGUACGACGUGCGAGAAGGCGUUUCGUAGCAAGAUCGGCCUCGCGCAACACACGGCUACACACACAGGCCAAUUUGACUACAAUUGCUCCACGUGCGGCAAAGGAUUCCAGUGCAAGAGCUAUCUCAUUGUACACCAAAGAGUACACUCAGACCUGAAACCGUACUCUUGUACGAAAUGCAGUCAGAAUUUCAAGACGAAGCAAUCGCUGUUGGACCACGAAAAUCGUCACCUCGGCGUGAAGCCAUACAUGUGCGAGAUCUGCGGCCGCGGUUUCAUCACUAAGGGCCUCUGCAAAAGUCAUCAGAAGAUACACUCUGGCACCGACAAUCGCCAAUAUCCAUGCGCGGUGUGUAACAAAAUGUUCGUCAGCAAGAGUUAUCUGAACACGCACUUGCGCAUUCACACGGGCGAGAAGCCGUAUCUUUGCGAGGUCUGCGGCAAGGGAUUCCUCACGCGGGUUGAUCUAAGGAUCCACUCGACUAUGCAUACUGGCGAGAAGAGCUUCAAAUGCGAGAUAUGUGGAAAAGUGUUCGCUCGACGCGCGGCGCUACGUUGCCAUCGACGGUCGCACACGGGGGAGCGUCCUUAUAAAUGCGACGUCUGCGGCAAAACGUUCACGCAGUUCAGUCCGAUGGCAAUCCACAAGCGUUUACACACCGGUGAGCGACCGUACGAAUGCGACGAAUGCGGCAAAGCUUUCGUGUCUAGAUCGACUAUGAUGUCUCACAGAAAGAAACAUCACAUUACGAACGCUGUACAAAAAGAUACGUCUGUGACGCAUAAUGAAGAUGCCGAGGUCAAACUUAUUCUCUCGUCCAACAUCAUAGUCAGAGACACAGACGAUGGGAUUCACGUCACUGCAGAUUGAAGUCAUGAAGGAAAAUGAUGUACGAAUUCUGCGUUCAAGUCUAGGACGCAGUUUGGGUGCUAAGAAAUUUUCAUUGGCAUUUGUUAGAUAAGAACUGCUUUCAUCACCAUAGUGUAUUCUGUCAGUGUACAUUUUCAAAAACUUUAUAUAAAGAUAUUUUUACAAGCAACGCAUACUUCUUGUGAAAUAUAUGAAGAUUGAAAGUUAUAUUGGAUUAGAGCGACGCAACAUGAUUUUAUAUAUUCUAUAAUGACCAUUCUAUAAUCUUAAUCAUCACUUAACUUUUUUCUUCGUAAUAUCAUACUGUAAUUACAGAUGUAAAUACAAAAUUUUUUAUAUUAAUGUCUACAUUGCUUUCCAAACAUUAAAAAUAAUAUUUAUUUAUUAACGAACAAAUAAAUUAAUUACGAAACUCUAGGAAGAUUAGCACGAACAAAUAAACGCGCAUUGUUUU